AUGGAGAACGAAGCAACAGGAGCGCUUCGAGUCAGUCAGCUGGAUGCUUCAGAACUGGAUCAUGAGAUUGUUCAACUGACCAAGUCUCAGAUCUCACAGCUGUUCAAAUAUCACCAGAGCACUUUUCUGGCUCAUUUUGAUCCAGAAAUCCAAGCUGGCAUCAAGCUUCUCUUAUGGAAGUUUGCCUUAUUUGACAGAGAUGCCACGGUUGGCCAGCAGAUCCUAGGCAUUCACUAUGGAAAGGGCAAGGGUACCAACCUAGGGGCUCCAAUCACUGGCAGGGAGAAAGUUCUCUACGGGUUGCUUGUUGUGUUGUUUCCUUGGUUGAAGGAAAGAAUCUCCACCCUGUUGACCUAUAUUGGGUUGUCACAGUGGGAUACUCAGGUGCAUUUCUGGCUACAGCAAGUGGAAACUGUUUGGAAGGCAGCAGCACUUGUGAACCUACUUGUGUUCCUCAAAAAAGGUGUCUACUUAUCUCUUGUGGAGCGCAUCCUAGGCAUUAGGUCUCAAUUCCCCCAACGUCAAGGCCUUAGACAGGGAAAUAUAAGGCGAGUUUUAACCAGAGAGUUGUUGUGGCAUGGAUUUGCUGAAUUUCUCUUCUUUUUGCUGCCACUCAUCAAUUUCCAAAGGAUAAAGAACAGCUUCAAACGCUGGCUCGGAGGUCAGAAGCUAACCUCACAAGGUCACCUGAAAAGUAGGACGCGUGCUGACCUCAUGACCUGUGCAGUUUGCGAGGAAUGGCCAGUGAUGCCUCGAGAAAUCGGCUGUAGGCAUGUCUUCUGUUACUACUGCAUCUCGGCAAACUUAUCAGCAGAUCCGAACUUCUCCUGUCCCCAGUGUGGUCAUCCUGUGGUCAGUCAGAGUAACAUACAAGUGGUCAAAUCUCACAUCAACCCUGGUCAGGCACACACAUAA